ACCACCAAGUUUCCGUCACUGCUCACAUGCGCAUGCGCGAACAAGUGCAUUUUUUAAACCAGAUUUGUCAUUUCUAUUGUGACUUUUAAUGUGAAGGCUCCAUGAGCUAGGUUUGUCCAGUUAGGUUUGAUGAGCCAGGUUUAACUUGUAGGUUUGAUGAGCCAGGUUUAACUUGUAGUUUUGAGGAGCCAGGUUUAACUUGUAGGUUUGAUGAGCCGGGUUUAACUUGAAGUUUGGUGACAUAUCACAAGAUUAAAGAUGAGAGCGACGUUGUUGGCUGUUAUUGUUUUUGACGUGCUUUUAUUGGGAAAUGUGCUGUGCAAUCUGCAGUCCGCGUUUCCUUCAUCUAAAGACAACUCCUUCUGCCCCGACGGCUGGGCCCUGGUUGAUCUAGGCCCGGACAUCACCUGUCUCUACAUAAGCAACAGCACCAAGUCCUUCUACGACGCCAACUCCACCUGCGUCAAGGCCGGGGCUGGGCUGGUCAAGAACAUCACACCAAAGAAACACACGGCCAUGAGAAACGUGGGCUCUAAACGGUCCCAAGAUUUCUGGGUCGGACUCCACAAAGAACGGGGCUACGACAAGAUCUUCAAGUGGGUUGGCACAGUAGGCGACGGCAGAGCGGAGUUCUUCAGUCUGCCCAACACUGCACGUGAGUAUGUCAGCUUCAAGGAACAGUGCGGCUAUUUCUCGUACGAGCCUGGAGAGUUGGAGUUGGACGAGUGUGAGACAGAGAACUACUUCAUGUGUGAGAAGCCUUCAGAAUGCAAGGAUGGAUUUUUUGGCAGCAAGUGCAAACAACAGUGCCACUGUAAGGGGGAGCCGUGUAACAGACGGGAGAGGGAGGAGAACCGGUGCCUGUGGGGCUGUGAGCCUGGCUGGAUGGGGGCCAUGUGUGAUCAAGUGAAACAAGAACCUGAGGUGAAAUACUACUGCAUUGAUCCACCAAAUAAAGGGAAAUACGUCUAUAUCAGGAUCUACACAAAAGGAGUUGUUUACAACUCGAUCUACGGCCUUGACAAAAACUAUGAAAGGUCAAGCUGGUGCAAGAAGACCCAAAUAACCCGGUCAGCUGACCUCUACGUCAUCUCCAUCCUGCUGGACGACAACACCGUACCACAGAUGGAUGAUGGGAAAUGUGCAGGGGAGCGUGUCGACAACACGACGUACGAGUGGACACUGGUCAUCCAGGAAAACGAGGGCAUCUUGCUGGAGAACGACGUGCAGGUGACCAUCCAGUGUAACUUCACGCAGGCCGAGACGAUGACCAUUGAACAAGACUACAACAUUAGCAGCUCGGUGGUUGAGAUGAAAAAACAGAAGGUGGCACCAGAGACAACGGAUGAUGACGUCAUGCUCCAGGUCGUCGACGCCUACACGGGACUUCCGAUAACAGAGGGCGUCAUCGGGUCGUCGGUCAAACUUCAGAUCAAGUUUGGUUUGUUGACAGAUUCCCUGCUUAAAGGUGUCAUGGCUUACAACUGUAUAGCGCAGUCUUUAGAUGGGAAACGUUCGAUACAUCUCAUCAAUACAGACGGGUGUGCAGAGCAGAACUCGCCCGUGUCUGUGUUUAUGAAGCAGGACACGCACACGAUCGCUACCCAGUGGUUUCCCUUGUUCACGUUUGAAGGCUCUAACGACGUCCUAUUCCAGUGUCUGUUUGACUUCUGUUUUGACGACAGCUGCAAUGUGGGCUGUAGAGAACCUACCCGACACCGUCGUGACGCGGCCAGUGGCGAGAGAACAGCUGAACACGCCACCAGCAAGACCAUCAGGGUCCUGCCCAGUGUGCACUCACACAAUACUGCAGAUCACAAGCCUGCCGCCAGCGUGGACUCGAACCAGCACAAACAGCACCACAUGCCGGGCGAGCACCACUGGAGCUACCUGAUGUACAUCAACCCCGUGACCUGCGGCCUCUUCCUCCUCCUCCUCCUCAUCUUCCUCAUCAUGUAUGUCUCCUUCCUCCACACCCUCCGCAAGUCUGUAGAGAACGUGAGGCGGGAGAUAGAGGGGAGUCGGUCACGUGAUAAGUUCCUCAACUGCGGCUGCAGGAAGCCACUCAAAGACAAAGAUUACGUCUGUCCUUAGUCAAAUCUUUAAACUUUCAGUUUCAUCAAAUUUUUAGUUUUUAAAUCUUAUCAAUGUUUUUAUUUUUAUUUUUAUUUGAAGACAUAUAUAUAUAUAUAUAUAUAUAUAUAUAUAUAUAUAUAUAUAUAUAUAUAUAUAUAUAUAUAUAUAUAUAUAUAUAUAUAUAUAUAUAUAUAUAUAUAUGUCUUUUACAUACCUUGAAUCACAUUUGUACAUUCAUUUUUAUCAUACAUAUGCUAACAAAUAUUUCAAGCCAGUAAAAAUAACAAAAAGUUAAGUUCUAGUAGUAUUUGUUUUGUUUAAAAUGCCUUCUCUAAAUUUACGGUAAAGUGGUUAUUACCAGUUUAAUUGAAAGAGGAGUAGGAUAUCGUCCAUGAAUGAGGUGAGUUAGUUGAUUGUGUUGAGUGCCCCCAACCCCCUAAAUCUCCCAACCCUCAUCAACCCCCUCAACACUGUUAAAAGUCGUCAAAAUAGAUAUUAAUAGAUAUAAUAGUAUUAAUAUUUACGCCAUCUCCUCCUUAUGAAACCCAAAAUUAUCAAUAUUUGAAUUAUUUAUUUUGGACAUUUUUUUUUUCAAGAAAUGCAAAUUAUUUUUUCAAACCCCUGACCAGUUAUAAAAAAAAAAUUUAGACCAUCCUCCCCUUCAACCUACCCACACACACACACACCACUUUGCUUGACGCCAAAUUAAAUAUUUUCUUUAAGACUCAGAAAUGUUGUUUUUUUUCUAUGACAGAAGGCGGGUGUAUCUAGAACAUGCUUGUAACUUUCACCUUCUCAAGUCCAUUCACUUUUAGAAAUGUUUUACUGUAGAUGUUUCAAGCUUACAGCUCAUGUAAACCGGCCAUACACGCACGCCGAUUACACUGUUUUAAUUAUGUUUUUAUCAAUCGUUUUAAUCUGUUAAAUAAACAUGUACAUUUAUA